AUGCUGGCGCUUCCUGAAGACUCCGGGCCUCCGGUCUGCAGUGAAGGGGUGGAGGAGACCCCAGGACGCUCCUGGGAGGGGCUGUGCCCGCUGGCGCCCCGAGCGGCUCAGCAGCAGAAGCCCCCCGCCUUUGAAGGAUGGCCACGCUCGGCGUGCUCCGCUCAGGUUCCUUUUCAGAACGCUCUCGGGGAAGGCCAUCUACGUUCCCUCCCGUGGGCCCACUUCACAGACCCCCGUGCCCAUGCCUCCCUUUGCCCACGGGUCCAGCCCCACCCCCACCCUCAACUCCGCUCCCGUGGCCUGACCCCACGUCCGGAACGGAGUCCAAGCCCCGGGCGCCCGGCGGCUCUGACCGCGCCUGCAGCCGCGCACUGCCUUCCUCCUGACUCCUGCUCCGCCCCCCUCAGAACACCUGGCUUCAAACGCUCGCUCUGCCGCUUGCCUUCUGGAUAG